AUCUCCUUCCACCAGGAGUCUGCAAUCUCCUCAACCCGGCCGCUAUCUACGCUAACAACGAGAUCAGCCUGGGGGAUGUUGAGAUAUAUGGCUUUGAUUACGAUUACACAUUAGCACAGUAUUCUAAUUUACUACACUCCAUGAUUUUCAACACUGCCAGAGACAUCCUAAUAGAACAAUUCAAGUAUCCAGAAGGGCUUGGGAAGUAUGACUACAUUCCAGGGUUUGCCAUACGUGGACUUCACUAUGAUGUACAAAAGAGUCUUCUGAUGAAGAUUGAUGCUUUCCAUUAUGUCCAGCUGGGGACAGCAUACAGAGGGCUCAAACCAGUGCCUGAUGAAGAGCUGAUCGAGCUCUACGGUGGUACACAGCACAUCCCCCUGUACCAGAUGAGUGACUUCUAUGGCAAGGGUCCAUCACUUAAGCAGUUUAUGGACAUCUUUUCUCUUCCUGAAAUGACGCUGCUCUCUUCAGUCAUUGAUUACUUCAUAACUCAUGGCAUUGAGUUUGACCAGGUGCAUCUUUACAAGGAUAUAUCUGAUGCUAUCAGAGAUGUACAUGUGAAAGGAGUGAUGUACAAAUGGAUUGAAAAAGAUAUGGAACAGUAUAUUCUGCAUGGGGAUGAAAUCUAUGCUGUGCUAAACCGACUGGUGAACCACAAGAAGAAACUCUUCCUCAUUACAAACAGUCCCUUUAGCUUUGUGGACAAAGGCAUGAAACACAUGGUUGGCAAGAACUGGAGGGACUUAUUCGACAUGGUCAUUGUGCAAGCUGACAAGCCCAACUUCUUCACUGAUCGACGGAAACCUUUUCGAAAACUGGAUGAUAAAGGCUCACUGCAGUGGGACAAAAUAAACCAGCUGGAGAAAGGAAAGAUCUACAAAGAGGGUAACCUCUUUGAUUUUCUGAGGCUGACAGGCUGGCGUGGGUCCAAAGUGCUGUACUUUGGUGACCAUCUGUACAGCGACCUUGCGGACCUCAUGCUGCGUCAUGGCUGGAGGACUGGAGCCAUCGUUCCUGAACUGGAGACGGAGAUUCGGAUUAUAAACACAGAGCAGUACAUGCACUCCCUGACCUGGCAGCAGGCCCUGACAGGGCUGCUGGAGAGAAUGCAGAUGUAUCAGGAUGCAGAGUCGAAGCAAGUAUUGCUGGAGUGGAUGAAGGAACGGCAGGAGAUCAGGUCGCUGACGAAGAACCUGUUCAACCCCCAGUUUGGAAGCAUCUUCCGCACCUUUCACAACCCCACGUACUUCUCUCGGCGGCUGGUGCGGUUCUCUGAUAUCUACAUGGCAUCCAUCAGUUGCCUAAAAAAAUGCUGAACUAUGAUGUGAAUUUCACCUUCUACCCCCGGCGCACUCCUCUGCAGCACGAGGCUCCGCUCUGGAUGGAUCAGCUCUGCACAGGCUGCAUGAAAACCCCCUUCCUGGAGGAGAUGGUGCACAUCCGGUGAAGGGCCAGGUACUCCGGGCACCGGCACAGCGUGAGGCUGUACGUGGGGCCGGGCUGCUCGGCCAGCAGCACCUCUGUCUACCACUAAAGGGCGUUUGACACUU